UUUGCAGAAGCUUGUAAUCUUUUCAUGUAGCAAUGUCUUAAGAAAAAAAGACAAUGUUGAAGACAGAAUUCUCUAUUCCUUUAGUUCCAGGGUGGGGAAAAACCAUUCUGGACAGCAGAAACUGUAUUCAGCCUUUUUUUUUAAGCAUUGCAAGAGCAAACUGGAUAACAAAAGAAAAAAAUUAUAGAGAAGUACAUCCUUCCCCCCCACACCGAGGUAUCUGGAUACUUAAAAGAAAUAUUGUUGCUGUCUGGAGUUUUUUGUUUCGUUUUUUGGGGUUUUUUUUGGUUUUUUAAGGAAAUUAGUAGUUCAUGUGUUGACCAUUAAUUUUGCUCAGAAAACCUUAAACCUUAACAGAGCUAUUACUUGACUUCACCUUUACUUUAAAAAAGGAGUUAAAUUAUCUUUAGAUGAGAUUUGCAUUAGCUACUCCAUUCCUCAACAACAAAAGGACACAGGCCUUGUUUGAUUUCAGAGCACUUAACUGGGUUAUUUGCCUGCUUUGGUGACAUGGUCUAGUUUAGAGUGAUGUUAAACCUCUUUGAAAAUACAGUUUCUUAUUUUGCAUUGUAAACAUGCAAUUCUAUGUUCUAUUAGGCUGCUUCAGUUGUAAUUGCAGUGACAAAAUUAUUUGCUCUAAGCUCCAAGUUCAGGGUCAAUCUAAUAGCUGUGGUUUAAAAACCAGGGCUGUUUCCAAAUAAGUGCUGGCAAAGCUUCAGUUUGGUUUUGGUUUGGGUUUAUUGUUGUUUUGUUUUUUUUUCUUGUUGGGGGUUACUGGCUUUUUAAAGUGACAAAAAUGGUUUUCUUGCUUGCUAUGGACAAAAUACACAGAAAAAUACUGACUCAACAUAAUUAAAAAACUGUAAAGUAUGUUUAAAAAAUGUUAAGAAGGAAGUACCUUUUGUCCUAAAGUGUAAAGGAUGAAAAAAGGCCUUCAAGAAAAGCAAAAAGUGUUUUUGUUUGACUUAGUGAUUACAGAUUGGGUUUUGAGGGUUCUGUUGAGAAACUAAAAAGCAUUUUACUCUGACCCGCAAGGAUCCUCAUUCUCCCAAUUUCUUUGGACUUCCAGAUGAAAAGCCUUUCAGUAACAGUGUCACAAAUGUGUCUUACCUGUAAGUCAUGAUAUUUUAGGUGUCAUCAGGUGCCAGGCUGGAUACUGAAUUUACACUUGUUUUGUUUGCCAGCUUUGCCCGGCCAGAGGCAGCAAUGGAACGGUUCGGGGUGAAAUCGGCGCCGUCGCGGAACCGCUCCAAGACCGCUCUGUAUGUGACCCCCCAGGACCGCGUGACCGAGUUCGGCAGUGAGCUGCACGAGGACGGGGGGAAGCUCUUCUGCACCUCCUGCAACGUGGUGCUCAACCACGUCCGCAAGUCUGCCAUCAACGACCACCUCAAGUCCAAAACGCACACCAAGAGGAAGGCGGAGUUUGAGGAGCAGAACGUCAGGAAGAAACAAAGGACUCUGACUGCCUCCCUGCAAUGCAACAGCACUGCCCAGACAGAGAAAAGCAGUGUGAUCCAGGACUUCGUGAAAAUGUGCCUGGAAGCCAAUAUCCCACUGGAGAAGGCUGAUCACCCCUCUGUGCGAGCCUUCCUGUCCCGCUACGUUAAGAACGGCAGCUCCAUACCCAAGUCGGAGCAGCUAAGGAAAGCAUAUCUGCCUGAUGGCUAUGACAAUGAGAACCAGCUCAUCAACACUGAAGACCGUUGAGAAGAGAAUUGUUUUCAUCCUUGGUGUGAAGUUUUACAUAUUGAUGGUGUGGUUUAUUUUUAUAUUCAUGCAUAUAUACAGUGUUACAUAUUGAUUUUACAAGCUAUUUUGUAUUCUUGUAGAAAUGACAAUCUACUUCUGAACUUAGUGGUGUGCCACAGAUUGUUGCUAACCCUGCUGUGAACUUCAGAGCUACAUUGAUGUAGAGCUCACGAGGAAUGUAGGGAGCAUCCCUGGCACACACCUGAUCUGUUCAGUCCAGCUGUAACUGAGGCUGAGAAAAAGGCACUUGAAUGAAUGGAGCACCCCACUUCACAGUGCAACUAAGAAGACCGUGUGGCAGGGAUUGCUGCUCAUGGCAGUAGAUUGCUUUGUCCAGUAUCCUGUCCCUGUGUGACCAAGAAGAGGUGCUGCACCUUUGAAAUGCAAGAAGCUCUAGGAUCAUUAGUUGAAAUAUCACUGUUGGGGGAGGACUGUUGCAACUUUCUAUUCAAGCUUGGUUUACGUUUUGAAACAGGAAACAUUUUUCUUCUAGAACUCUCUCUUACGCUGUUUGGUGCAAUUGUGGAUGUAUUUGUUAUCCAGCUUAACCAGCCAGUCUCUUGUACUGACCUCUGAACUCCACUAUCCUCAUAAGCCUAGGAGUUCUACCCUGUCUGCUUUUCUAAAAUCACUGUUCCUUUGUCUUGGUUUCACAUGCCCCCUUCCAUUUCAGUGCCAAUACUUGGAAGCUGAGUAGACAGUAACUGAGUGUGGUUUGCAGCGCAGCUGCUGUCAAGUGAAACUUAUGCUGGACCAAGUUUGUAGCAGAGAAGAUUAAUGCCUUUUUCCUACUAGCAGGACUAAGCUAAAUCUAAUUUGGGGAUGGCACAGGCACUAAAUUGAGGAGUUGGGGAAGUUUUUUCAUUGUGCACAGGAGAAGAGGCUGCUCCAUCUUUCCCUGAAGGUCCUUUACACCUCUGGCCUUGUCAUCAGUCAAGGGAAGUGAUUAGUUUUUAAAGCAGUUACUGCAAAGGCUCUUCAGUACUUGUAAGCACAAGUAGGAAGGUACAUGCACUCUGAACUUAUACUGGAAUUACAGACCUGGGCUGUAUUUCUUACUCUGUGCUAUGGCCACAUCUAUUGGACUGGCAAAAACCAAAAUGGGAUAUUGAAGAAUUUCAAUAAUGUUACUCUCUCCAAAAUCUAGUAAACUGUUACUAAGCUGUUCCAAAUGAUGAUGCCAAAUAUUUCACCUGACACAAGUGUUCUGUAAAGGUUUUGAAUGAAAUGAGGGAGUACUGUGCAAAGUGCUAUAAUUCAAUGACCUGUGCCUGCUCCAGAUCUCCUGGGGAUGCUUUGGGUUCAGAGAGGUGCCAAGCAGCUCCUGGGAGCACAGGAAUCCUCUCUCCCCAUGGGUACAAUGGUAUAAGGAUGCUUUAACUCCUGAGGGUGGAGCCACUUGUCCAGCUUCCUUUCCCAGCAGAGUUUCACAGCAGUUUAUUUACAGCAAUACCAAGGAAUUGCUGAAAGGAGACAAAAUAACCAGAUUAUUUUGGGUUUGGAGGUAUUUCCCUAGCUGUAUAUAGAGCAGUCUCCUUUGGUGGGCUGAGAGAGAUUUACAUACUUAGUAACAACUAUUUUUUUUUGUGCAAUUAGCCUGCAGAAAUGCACUUGUGUUCCAUGUCCUGCUAUGAAACUGCUGGAAUAAAUAGACAAAGCUAAAAAGUAGAAGGUUUCUUACCCAUGUGCAUCAGUCCAGGGGUGCUCACCCCACUGCUGGUCUAGGACUUCAGGCAGAAAUAACAGUAGCAACUUUUAAAUUUAAUCCUAGAGAUCAAGAUAUGCCUUCCUAAAUAUCAUUUUUUAUUGCACAAGCUUGGAUUUAGCUUAAAAUCCUUAACUGCCUUGGGCUAGAACUGUUUAAUAAAUCUUCUGAAGCCAAGUGAAAGGUAAACUGCCAAUAGCCUUUUCUGUCCUGACAAGAAUUGAAAGUAUUUUCUCACAGCUGCUGUUUUCUUACAGUGAAACAAUAUCCUUGCUUUAUAUUUUAAUCUUUUUUGAAACCUCAGCAGUGGUAUCUUAGAAUUGAAGCAAAUAGAGAAUAAUGGGCUAUUGAGAAAACAAAAGCAGCUAGAAAAAUGGGAUGGUCAAAAGGUAUGAAUUUGGGCCAGUUCACUCAGUUUUUGCUAACGUGGGAUUUUCCAGACUGCACCCCAUAACAAUUUUUUAUAGUUUAGAUGCUGUAUAUUCUUCCCUUGACUGACUGACAGACGUUUUGAAAUGCUUCAUGGGAACAUUAAUUAGGCUCUUGUAUAACUGGAAAAAAAAAAAAAGAAAAAAAAGAAAAUCAAGUUGUUUUAAAAGUUACAGUUUUACAUAAAAAUAAAAAUACUGGUAAGUGUAAUGAACUCACUUUGCAGGACUGCUGCCUUAGUAAUAGGAUAUUUUCAUUUAAAAAUGAAGCCACAAUACUUUUCGAGCUUUUUUGAAAAUCAAGAUGUUGAUCUUGACAACAAACAUUAAUAAUGGAGUAAAGCUAUGAAAAAUAAAGCACUUCCAGGUGAUCUAGAAAGAAUGUGUAAGUUUAGAAUCAUGAACAUAACCCAAAUCAUCAAGACAUUUUAGAGAAAAUAUGAAUAAGUGAUUGCAUUCUGUAAUGAAACAGAGUCCUGCAAACACUCUAAUUCAUAACGAAAUUUUGCCAGUAUGGCUGCAGUUGGAUAAAGCAUAACUUCCUUUUAAUUGCUGUUCAUCUCAGGGAAGAUUUACAGCAGAAGUUUUCUCAUCUGUCUAAACCUAAGGAAUAACUAAAUCCUCAUCUAUCUAAACCUAAGGAAUAAAAGUAAAUUUGAGGCUGUGAUGGAGUUGUUUGAACAGUCACCAUGGAUGUUUAAUUUCUUGCGCAGGAAUGUAUUUCCUGUAAAGGAGAAAACUCUCAGAAGUAAAGGGAGGAUGGUAACAAUGUCAGCUUUUCACAUUGCAUCCAAAUGUAGGAACAAGCUCUAAGGGAUACUUUCUGCCAGGUGGUUUUAUGAAUAUAUUUGAACUCUAAAUGUAAUAGAAAAAAAAAUAAAAGAAGACAUAUUUUCUUCUUUGACCAAUACUUAAACUAACAUAGCCAAAUUAGCUAAAAUUAAACCCAAGUGUUUUUCUUGAAUCAACAUGUGCAAAGAGUAAAAUCCAAACAGGAGCACUCUCUGUUGUGUGACUCCUUACAUGGAUAUACAAUGAUAGCUUCAGCUUGCAUGUUCUUGAAUAAACAUGAGCAAGCUUAAAAAAUUUUAAUAAUUUUGAAGACUGUAAUUUGGCAGGUCCCAUGGGAAGGUGAAACAUUCAGCAUAAUGAAAGGGAAAUCUGUUUUUCAACUGAGAGAGAAACUUGUCCUGCAAAGUAUGGGAUAUUCUCAUGAUAAAGGCUGGUUUUAGCCAGAGCCCCUUUUAGCAAUUCUGUUGAACUGAAGAGUGAGAUGUUUCCUGUUAGGUUUUGCAGCAUAAUGAGCUGGUUUUCAGGAAAAUGGAAAGCAAAAAGCUGGAAGUUUGACAAGGAUAAUCUCUAUUUAUAUUUGCAUAUAAAGAGAGGCAAGGCCCACUUGUUGUUGCAUUCACAUUGUACUCACUGCUACUUACUCUGUGUAAUUUGAGUGCUCGUUGUCUUUGUACAAUUUUAAAGUCGUGUCUAACUUUCAAAAUAUUUUUAUUUUAACAAAGCUUCUCACUGUAAUAGUGCUGUUAGAGUUUAGUCUCUUUUGGUCUAAUGAAGAUGCUUUAUUUUUGUUUUGGUGGUAGGAAUGUUUUGUUCAUGGUGAGUGGCCACAGAAAUGGUUUUAUUUAAAAAACAGUCAUGAACUUAUGAUUAGAUACUAGAGUGAGGCUGAAGAUACCUGGGUCCUGCAGUACCACAAGACUUCCUGUAGGAACCAUAAGACCAGAGUAAGGGAUUUAAGUUUUUAUAUUAAAACAAUACUGAAGAGAAAUACUUUACAUUGUAAAGUUUUCACUUGGUAAUGAAAAAACGGUCUCUUUAAAAAAAAAUAAAGGUAUUCCUUUUUUAUA